GUGACGCCUGCCAGCCUCACACCCACACUCUCUCCUAGUCAGUCAGCGAGUGAGUGACCUCAAGAUCAUACUCAACACCACAUCAAUCGCUCUUAGCUCCAACACAUCUCCAACUGCUUGGGUCCUGCCUAAAGCAACCACAUCGGCCAGCGUAGCAGUGCAAGUUGACUCUCCACAGGUGACCCCGCAUCGAAAGCAAGCGCAAGAUGGCUUCCAGAAAGAAGGUCCUUCUUAAGGUCAUCAUCCUUGGCGACUCUGGUGUCGGCAAGACCUCUCUUAUGAACCAAUAUGUCAACAAGCGUUUCUCAUCAGCGUACAAAGCCACCAUCGGGGCCGACUUCCUCACUCGGGAGGUCAUGGUCGAUGACAGGCUCGUCACAAUGCAACUCUGGGACACAGCCGGCCAAGAGCGUUUCCAAUCUUUAGGCGUUGCCUUUUACCGCGGCGCCGACUGCUGUGUGCUGGUGUACGACGUCAAUUCGAGCAAAUCAUUCGAGACCCUCGAUUCGUGGCGCGACGAGUUCCUCAUCCAGGCCAGCCCGCACGACGUGGAGAACUUCCCGUUCGUCGUGCUAGGGAAUAAGAUCGACUGCGAGGAGAGCAAGAGGAUGGUCUCGCAAAAGCGAGCGAUGACGUGGUGCCAGUCAAAAGGAAACAUCCCAUACUUUGAAACGUCAGCAAAGGAGGCCAUUAAUGUCGAGCAAGCUUUCCAGACCAUUGCUAAGAACGCGCUGCAACAGGAGGCAGAGGCAGAGCUAUACGCCGACUACCCGGAUCCGAUCAGGAUUGACAGCGACAACACGCAGGCCGGCUGCAAUUGCUAAUAAGUUGCACGUUCUCGACCGAUUCUUCUCUCGCCAUUCGCAUCAGCUCUUGCCCAUCUGCAAGUUCCACACGCCACGCAUACCUCGUCGCGCCUGUCCGCCAUGACUCAUUCCAUCACCGCCCGUACGUCUUCACGCUACCGCUGCACGCAGCAUGCAACCCUUAUCGGUCGGGUACCUCUCGUGGUUGAUGUGAAUGAUGCUCUUCAAGCUUAAUCAAUGAAUGAUAAAUGCAAUUUUU